UUGAUGAAUACAGAGCUCUGACAUCUUCAUAGAUAGUUUAAGGGAAAUAAUAAAUUGCAAAAAUUGUAAUUUUGUUUGUAAAUGUAUAAUUAAAUCAAAGUUUUCCAUUAUAAAUAUGUGAUAAGUAACUAAAGUACUAGUUCUUUAUGAAAUCCCAACAACAUUGGACUUACUCAUGGUCUCAAUUCUGAAGGAAUGGAUAACAAAAUUUCCGCGCAUAUGUGGCAAAAUACAUAAAAUUAAAGUUCUUCUUUGAGAAUUUUUAAAAAUAGCAGUGUAUAUUAUUAACAUUUUGGUUCUACGAUACGCUUUUACAUUUUUAAUUUAAAAGUUUAUAAAAAAUGAGCAUUGCUAUAAAGUUUGGAAGCCAAUGAGUAAUUGGACAAAUAACAGGACGAAAAUUGAAUUUGAUGCAUUUUCUACAUAUUCAAAUCGAAACCCCCACCUAUUUCGCAUAAAAAUGCGUUCACGAAAAAUCCUUAUCAUAGCUGGUUUUCUAACAACCUGGACUUUUAUAACAUAUUAUUUUUUAAUACGGAGUAGUACUAUGUAUCCGCAAAAACAUAGUUUGCUCUUACAGAAGCUAAAUAAAUUGGAACAUGAAUCACGGAUUGAAAAUAUGGAAAACAGUAAACUUUUGGGACAACUUAUAGAUAUUGUAAAGAAAAAAAUUACUUCGGAUGAUAUAGAAGAGCCCAAACCACAUAAAGAUUCAAAAGAUCGUCCUGUGGGAAUUGUUGCUCUUCGCCAAGAUCAUUAUCUGGGUGUACAAGAAAACCGAGAAGGGAAUGAAAAUGAAGAUGAGCGACAACAGAAUGCUGAAGAAGAUAGUGGGAAAGAUAGUAAAAUUCUCAAACCUACAAUUACCUACAUGCCAAACGGCGAACCUGUGAUACCAAUUUUGGUGAUUGCUUGUAACCGUGUAUCUAUUCGAAAAUGUUUGGACAAUUUGGUUCAAUACCGUCCGAACGCUGACCAGUUUCCUAUUAUAGUAUCGCAGGAUUGUGGUGACCAACAAACCAAAAAAGCAAUUUUAAGUUAUGAGUCUCAGGUAACGCUAAUUGAGCAACCGGAUCAAACUGAUAUCCUCACACCACCGCGGGAAAAGAAAUUCAAGGGAUAUUAUAAGAUAGCACGACACUAUGGUUGGGCGCUGAACACAACUUUCCAAAGAGGCUACGAAUACGUCGUUAUUGUUGAAGACGAUUUGAACGUAGCUCCUGAUUUUUAUGAGUAUUUCUUAGGUACCCAUGCUUUGCUCAAAGACGAUCCCUCACUAUGGUGCGUAUCUGCGUGGAAUGACAACGGUAAAGAUAAGUUUAUUGACAACACUAAACCUGAACUUUUAUAUCGAACGGAUUUCUUCCCGGGGCUUGGUUGGAUGCUCUCUAAAAACCUAUGGCAAGAACUAUCUGUUAAAUGGCCAAAAUCAUUUUGGGAUGACUGGAUAAGACAUCCAGAGCAAAGAAAAGAACGUGCAUGCAUUAGACCGGAGAUAUCGCGAACCAGAACAUUUGGAAAAAUCGGCGUUUCGAAUGGUUUAUUUUUCGACAAAUAUCUGAAGUUUAUAAAACUUAGCGAACAUUUUGUACAUUUUUCUAAAAUGAACCUCACCUACUUAUUAAGAGAAAACUACGAUCGUGUAUUUUUGAAUGACGUUUAUUCUUAUCCAAUUGUAACUUAUGACGAAUUACGCAGGAAUCUCAUUAAAACUGAUGGACCAGUUCGAAUUCAAUAUACAACAAGAGAGCAAUAUAAACAUAUAACAUCGAUAUUAGGACUCAUGGGAGACUUCAAGAGUGGCGUACCGCGUACUGCUUAUCACGGUAUAGUUUCGUUCUUUUACCAAAAGCGGCGUGUAUAUUUGGCACCGAAUGCUAAUUGGAAAGGUUACGAUUUGUCAUGGAGCUAACAAAAUAUUAUACAUGUCUUGAAUCUAAACUAAACAGCAACUUUUGAGAGCUAAUAUUUUUACUGUACUGUGAAACCCAUAUAUACGGAAGAAAAUACCAUAUAUUAUUUUCAGAUAAUAUGUUUGUCGUAAUGCUUUCCUAAAAUGAGUAUAUUUACAAAGCAACAGCUGAAGAUAUAUUAAAUAGUUAUGAAAUAAUAGCCACAACCAAAAAUUAAGUAAGUUAAUUGCGUGUGAAUGUAAACCUAGACUUUAUCGUUUUUAUUUAUGUAUAUUUGAAUGAAACUAGGUAAUAAUACAUAAUAAUAUGAUAUUAAUUUAAUAUAAACACCUAUUUACACAUUCUAUAACAGCAGUGGCGAAAAUACGUUCUGUUAAUUCUAUCUGAAACUAUUUUUGCUCAUGCGUUGAAGUUACGUGCUCUCUUAGAAAUACAUAUAUCGUGAACUUAUGCUUAAUAUCCUCUGUUUGCAUAAUUACUUUUCGUUACUAUUCUGUGAUUAAGCUAUUGUAUGAUUGAAAAUAUCGGCUAUGAAGCCAAUGGUUGAAUUAGUAGCAAUAUUUUAAUUUCGGACAAACUUCAGGUAGAGGAUAUUGAAUAUAAAAUCUCGAUAAUUAUUUUUUACUUGUUUUGUCCUAUUUUGUGUGAUUGUUAAUUAAGAUAUGUAAAUAAAAUAAGUUUGCCAAUAUUAAUAAUUAAGAUAUUCUGUUGAAUAUGUGCGCAUUUGAAUUUUGUCCUAUUUACCAAGUAACAGAAUGUUGUGAUUUGUGUAUGUAAUCUCUAAAUUUUCUUCAGAUUUUUUUAGUAUAUGUACAUAUAUAAUAUAUAUGCGUAUUUCGUAAAUACAUGAAAUAGUUAUAUGAUGACCAUUUAUCCGAAUUUGUAACUUAUAUUUAAAUUUCUCAUCUCCUAUAUCCAUAUGUAUGAAAAGCAGCUGUAUAUAGAGAAAUAUAUUUGUGAUUGAAACAUCUAAAGGCUCAUUAUUUACAAAAACGUUGCAUUUCCGUUCGACGUGGAAAUAAAUGCUAAUGUGAACAUUUUCUUUGUAGAAAUACAUUUUUAACACAGAUUUUCAUUUUUAAUAAAUUAAAUAAAUUAUUUUAUUGUGCCACAC